AUAAGCAGGUUGCACCCAACCUCCAAGCAACAAGGCAGAUAUCAAGUCACUCACAGCUAACAAGGUAAAAACUCAUAAACAAUUUUCAACUUUCCAAUCCUUCAACUCCAACACAAUCCUCAACCAAAUUCAAGAGUCAACAUGUCUGUCACUAAGGUCGCUGUUGUCGGAGGUUCCGGAAACCUUGGCCCCAGCAUCGUCCGUGGCCUCAUUGACGCCGGUUUUGAAGUCACAGCAGUCUCGAGAAAGGAGUCCAGCGCAACAUUCUCCGCUGAGGCCACUGUGAAGAAGAUCGACCUUUCCUCAGUCGAAGCUGUCACAGAAGUUUUCAAGGGCCAAGACGCUGUGGUCUCAGUCGUUGGAAAUGCUGGAUUCGGGAGUCAAAAGACCCUCGCCGACGCUGCUGUUGCCGCUCAAGUGAAGCGCUUCAUUCCAUCAGAAUUUGGAAUCAACACCCGCAAGGCUCGCGGCACUAAGAUUGGCGGCAUCUUGACCCCUAAGAUUGAGUUUGUUGACUAUUUGAUCGAGCUUUCUGAGAAGAACAGCUCGUUCACGUGGACUGGUAUUUCUACUGGACCCUUCUUCGAUUGGGACUUCAGUGGAGGCCUUCUGGGCUUCGAUGUCAAGAACAAGGCUAUCAGAAUCUUUGACUCUGGAAAUGAACCUGUUUCACCAUCAUCUCUUCCUUUUAUCGGAAAGUCCGUUGCUGGCGUGCUCAAGAACACCGAGGCGACCGCCAACAAGUACAUUGACGUUGCUUCCUUCACCACUACUCAACGCGAGUUGCUCAAGGUUGUUGAGGAGUUGACUGGCUCUACUUUCACCGUCAGCAACGUCAAGACCGCCGACCUGGAGAAGAUCGCGGACGAGAAGCUGUCCAAGGGUGACUUCAGCGCCUUUAUCGACUUGCUGCAGCAGUACAGCUUUGCUGAUGGCAACGACAAUGCCACCAAGGACAAUGCGGCGAUUAAGUUGUUGGGUCUGCAGGAGGAAGACCUCAAGGCUGAGACCAAGAAGGCUCUGGCCGCAUGGAAGUAAAGAUUUAUGAAUAACGAAAUUAAGCAGAUAUUAAAACAAUAGAGGCUAUGUCCCUAUCAAGUAUACUUGUCUCGCUCGCCUGUUGCGGAAGCUUGAACAUUGACUCUGUGAGGCAUGAUUAUCUUGGUGGUAAAGACAAAAGGGGCGGUGAUAUUUCGGGCGCCGCGUCGCCGCGUCGCCGUAGGAACUAAUGUUCAACAUCCGACGGAAGGAGAAUGAUAGUAAUUAGGUACUAUAAGAACCUAGAACAGCCUGAGACGCUGAGGAGAGUUCAACCGACGUAAAUGAGCAAAGUCUGAGACCG